AUGUCUUAUUUUUAUAAGUUGAAAGAAACGGAAGUUCUGCACCGAGUUACUUGCGUACGAACGUUUCAUUGUCAUUUAUUUCUUUCUUUCUUUCUUUCUUUCUUUCUUUCUUUCUUUCUUUCACAUUUCUUGUCUUGUAAUCUUUCUUUCUUUCUUUUACAUUCAUUUUCAUUUCUUUCUUUCUUUCUUUCUUUCUUUCUUUUACAUUCCUUGUCAAGUCAUCUUUCUUUCUUUCUUUUAGAUUCAUUGUCAUUUCUUUCUUUCUUUCAUGUCAUCUUUCUUUCUUUUAAGUUCAUUGCUGUUUCUUUCUUUCUUUUACGUUUCUUGUCAAGUCAUCUUUCUUUCUUUCUUUUAGAUUCAUUGUCAUUUCUUUCUUUCUUUCUUUCUUUCUUUCUGUUUUUCUUUCUUUCUUUUACAUUUGUUUUUUUUUUGCAUUCCUUGUUGUCAUCCUUCUUUCUUUUUUACAUUAUCAUUUCUUUCUUUCUUUCUUUCUUUCUUUCUUUCUUCUUUUACAUUCCUUGUCAUGGUAUCUUUCUUUCUUUCUUUUACAUUCAUUGUCAUAUAUAUAUCUUUUUUCUUUCUUUCUUUCUUUCUUUCUUUCUUUCUUUCUUUCUUUUACAUUCAUUGUCAUAUAUAUAUAUCUUUUUUCUUUCUUUCUUUCUUUCUUUCUUUCUCUGUUUCUUUUACAUUCCUUGUCAUGGUAUCUUUUUUCUUUUCUUUUUUCAUAUAUUUCUUGUCAUUUCUAUCUAUCUUUCUUUCUUUCUUUUACAUUCAUUGUCAUAUAUAUAUAUCUUUUUUCUUUCUUUCUUUCUUUCUUUCUUUCUUUCUUUCUUUUACAUUCCUUGUCAUGGUAUCUUUCUUUCUUUCUUUUACAUUCAUUGUCAUAUAUAUAUAUCUUUUUCUUUCUUUUCUUUUUUCUUUUUCUUGUCUGUUUUUUUUUUUUUUUCAUUCAUUGUCAUAUAUAUAUCUUUUCUUUCUUUCUUUUUUUACAUUUCUUGUUUUUUGGUAUUUUUUCUUUCUUUCUUUUUACAUUCAUUGUCUUACCUUUCUUUCUUUCUUUCUGUUCCUUUUUUAUUCAUUUCAUUCUUCCAUUCAUUCUUUAUUAUUCAUUCAUUUUUAGCUUUUGAAACACGCUGUCUUAUUUACCCUCACGUCGUUCCAUACAUAACAAUCUAUGAUACUUUUUUCUUUCUUUAUUUUUCUUUCUUUCUUUCUUUAUUUCUUUCUUUCUUUCUUUCUUUCUUUCUUUCCAAUACAUACUUUUUCUUUCUUUCUUUUUCUUUACCUCUUUCUUUCUUUCUUUCUUUCUUUCUUUCUUUCUUUCUUUCUUUCUUUCCAAUACAUACUUCUUUCUCUCUUUUUUCUUUACCUCUUUCUUUCUUUCUUUCUUUCUUUCUUUCUUUCUUUCUUUCUUUCUUUCUUUCCAAUACAUACUUCUUUCUUUCUUUCUUUCUUUCUUUCUUUCUUUCUUUCUUUCUUUCUUUCUUUCUUUCCAAUACAUACUUCUUUCUUUCUUUCUUUUUUCUUUACCUCUUUCUUUCUUUCUUUCCAAUACAUACUUUUUCGUUCUUUCUUUUUUUCUAUACAGCCUCUUUCUUUUUUUCUUCCUUUUACAUUCCUUGUCAUGUCACCCUUCUUUCUUUCUUUUACAUUCAUUGUUCUUUCUUUCUUUCUUUCUUUUCUUUUCCUUUCUUUCUUUCUUUUACAUUCCUUGUCAUGUCAUCUUCGUUUCUUUUUCUUUACAACCUCUUUCUUUCUUUCUUUCAUUCCAAUACAUACUUCAUUGUUAUAUUUUCUUUCUUUCUUUCUUUCUUUCUUUCUUUCUUUCUUUCUUUCUUUUUUUCUUUCUUCGAACCCACUCUCGCUUUCAUUUUCGUUUGUGUCUUUCACCCAUCUUUCGAUUCACCUUUGUUUGUUUGUUUGUUUGUUUCUUUGUUUCUUUCUUUCUUUCUUCCAGUCAUUUAUUCAUUUAUUCUUUCAUUCUUUCUUUCAUUCCUUCAUUCAUUCUUUCUUUCAUUUAAUCUUUGA